AUGGUCACAAUUACGAAGAGCAUCCAAUGUAAUCCUUUCAUCUUCACAGUCGAGAGCACAUUCAAGGCCUUUGUUCGAGAGGUUGCAAAUGCUGCGAAGACUACGACAACAAACCUCACACUCUCACUCCUACACUGGAAGUUCGAAACACCUGCCAGUCUACCCAUGAAACUGCUAACUGACGAGGUUGGCUUUCAAGCAAUGCUUGAUGCAGUGCAGGAACGCACAAAGGGUCACACAAUUUUCCUUUACCUCCCGAAGCCUAUCGACCUUGAAGGGCCACCAGAGAUGUCUAGCCAUCGUAAUGCCAUGUACUACGAGGAUGAUGAAGAUUCGAGUAUCCCACCAGAACGGAAUGCAACCAUGUCUCACAAAGCUCAGAUCAAUGCUCUGUGUCAAGAAAGUACAAAGGAAGUGAUGGAGUUAGAGCGUCAUUAUCCCAUCGGAAGCCAUCCUUUAUUCCCAGACAAGCGCAUAUAUGCAAAGAAUGGUUUGUUUUGGGAACUCACCUCUCUUCGCCUCGAUGUAUGGGGUGCCGCAAUUUCAACACAAUCUGACCCUCGUGCCACAUAUGAUACGCCUCCAAUGUCAAACCACUUCACGAAGGACAAGGCUAUCAAACCUGUUCGUCCACCACCCAAUUCUUCGAUGACAGUCUUUGCAGCCUAUGGUGCCUAUGUCAAAGGUGAAGACUACACUUCCAAUAGGACUCCGAGUCAUGGCGAGACUCAAACAGGUCUCAACAACCACUCUGAUCAUGAUUCUGGACAUUCUGCUACCUUGACGGACUAUCAAAACAGUGUGCCGCCAAGGUCUGGGCCUGACCCUUUGUUCUUUGCGCACCACCCAGGUCUGCCACAUCCACACCACCUAGGCCUGCCACAUCUCCACCAACCACAUCCCUUGUACUAUCAUCCACCAUACUAUCCUUAUCAAUACUCAUACUAUCCUCCUCCGAAUGCUGUACAUCCACCUGCAGUACCACCACCACCAGUUGCAGUCCCAGUCACCAGCGAUUCAUAUCCAUCACCGGGCAUUACCAUGAAGCACUCUGUCACAUUGGAGACUUUUUGUGCCAAAUUCCACGUAUCUGGCUCUGAUUCAGAAAAGCUUUCCAAGCUUGGGUACAAUCCUGGCAACCGCAUUGUUGAAAGCCUGACAACAGAUGAUUGGCAGUCCGUCGGGUUCACUAUGCUUAGCUGGCGUACAUUCCUUUCUUAUCAUCGCAAAUUUUGCGAUGCCAUUAUUGCAGGUACAUGGAUCUCGCCUUCUUAG